AUUGUAUCCCCAGGGCAUUCUAAAUCAUUGGUAUUAUGGCGUCACCCUUGUUCUUCCUCCUGCUACUUCAUUCUUUCCUUGUUUCUACUUCUGCUUCUUCCACCACUUCUUUACUUAAUCAAACAGAAACUCUUCUCAAAUGGAAAGCCAGUCUUGACAACCAAAGCCAAAGCUUCCUCUCUUCUUGGGUUGGGGACAACCCCUGCAAUUGGGUUGGAAUUGCUUGUGACGGAGUUGCAAGCGUCACCAACAUAAGCCUUUCAAAUUGUAGUCUCAAAGGUACACUUGACAACGUUAACUUCUUGGCCUUCCCCAACCUAAUUCACUUUGAUGUUCGUCAUAAUUCACUUUAUGGGGCCAUUCCUUCUGACAUCGUUAACUUGUCCAAACUCACUUUUUUCGAUUUGUCUACUAAUAAUCAUUUUUAUGGAAAUAUUCCUAAGGAUAUAGGAAGGUUGAGUUCGCUUGCCGUACUCGCCCUUGAUUGGAACCAACUUAAUGGUUCACUUCCUGUUUCUGUAGGAAAUUUAAGCAAUUUGUCUUGCCUUGGAAUCGCUGGAAAUAACCUCAGCGGUUCCUUGCCUCAAGAAGUUGGAAUGAUGAGAUCACUUCUUGUGCUUGAUUUAGCCUUGAAUUCCUUUACUGGUCCAAUCCCUGCAUCAAUAGGAAAUUUAAGCAAUUGUCAAGAGCUUUAUCUUUCUAGAAAUGAGCUAUCUGGUUCUCUUCCAACAGAUAUAGGAAGGAUGAGUUCACUUAAUCAACUUCACCUUCAAGGCAAUAUGCUCAAUGGUUCUAUACCUCAAGAAGUUGGGAUGAUAAUAUAUCUUAUUUUGCUUGAUCUUUCCAGUAACUCCCUAACUGGUAUGAUCCCGAAGGCAAUGGGAAAUUUUAGCCAUUUAAGACAUCUUUACUUUUAUGCAAAUGAGCUCUCUGGUUCUAUUCCUCGUGAAAUAGGAAUGAUUCAAUCACUUUUCGACUUGCAGUUGUUAGGAAAUAAUCUCACAAGCGUUAUACCGACUUCCAUAGGAAACCUAACCAGUUUACUCUCUCUUCUUCUCUUUGAUAACAUGCUUUCUGUCUUACAGCCUCUUGCAAUAGGCUGUGGAAAAUGGGCUGGAACUAGAAGCUUCUGCCAACAUUCUGGUCCAAUCCCAGCUUCCAUAGGAUACUUGACAGCACUUACUCGUUUACAUCUUAGAGGUAACUCUUUGUCUGGUCCUAUUCCAGUAGGGAUGAAUAACCUCACUGUUUUGAAACUUUUACAAUUAAGUGAUAAUCAACUCACUGGCCAUGUACCUGACAAUAUAUGCCUUGAGGGCUCACUCAAACAUUUGGCUGUCAGCGGAAACCAUUUAACUGGUCCCAUUCCAACAAGUUUGAGAAAUUGCACUAGCUUAUACAGGGCAACGCUUGGCGAGAAUCAACUUGAAGGAAGUAUAUCAAAAGCUUUUGGUAUAUAUCCUAUCUUGGAUUUUAUUGAUUUGAGUGAUAACAAGUUGUACGGUGAACUUUCUCCAAAUUGGGGUCUAUGUCAAAACCUCUCAAGCUUGAAGAUCUCCAACAAUAAGGUGUCUGGUAGGAUACCUCCUGAGCUAGCUCAAGCCACUCAAUUGAAGCAGCUUGACCUCUCUUCAAAUCAGCUGAGUGGAGAGAUUCCUAAGGAAAUAGGCAAGCUAACAACCCUGGUUUAUCUCUUGCUAAAUGACAAACAACUCUUUGGCAGAAUCCCACCAGAGAUAGCAAGCCUAGUUAAUCUGCAACAACUUAGCUCGGCAAAGAACAAUCUGAUUGGACCAAUUCCAGAACAACUUGGGAAUUGCUUUAGGUUAUUACAAUUGAACCUAAGCAACAAUCUAAUUGGAGAAAGUAUUCCACCUGAAAUAAGCAAAAUAUUUGCCCUUGAAACUCUUGAUUUGAGUUGGAAUAUAUUAACAGGAGAGAUUCCUCAAGAGCUUGGAAGAUCACGUGUGUUGGAAACGCUAAAUCUUUCUCAUAAUAUGCUCUCCGGUUUCAUUCCUCCUACUUUUGAUGAAUUGAAGAGCUUAACAUAUGUUAACAUCUUUUAUAAUCAGUUAGAGGGCCCUAUCCCACCUACUAAAGAUAUAUUUGCCAUAUGGGGAUAUGAUGGGGAAAUCCUCUAUGAAAACAUUCUUGAAGCUACAGAGCAAUUCAACUCCAACUAUUUCAUUGGCUCAGGAGGAUAUGGAAAUGUUUACAAAGCUCUGCUGCCAACUGGUCGAGUUGUUGUGGUUAAGAAACUUAACCCAUCAGAUGACAAUCAAUCCAUCAAUUUGUGGGCAUUUGAAAGCGAGAUUCGUGCUUUAGCGGACAUACGACAUCGUAAUAUUGUCAAGUUGUAUGGUUUUUGUUCUAAUGCAGAGUAUUCAUUCCUGAUCUAUGAGUUUGUAGAAAGGGGGAGCUUGAGGAUGGUUUUGAGCAACCCAAAAGAAACGGCAGAGUUGGAUUGGGAUAAGAGAUUGAACAUUGUUAAAGGGAUUUUGAAGCCGGAUUCCUCUAACUGGACAUCCUUUGCAGUCACAUUUGGCUACACAGCUCCUGAGCUUGCUUACACGAUGAAAGUAAGUGAAAAAUGUGAUGUCUAUAGUUUUGGGGUGGUAACAAUGGAGAUAAUUAUGGGAAGGCAUCCAGGUGAUCUUAUUUCAGAUUUAUGGACACCAAAUGGCCAGCAGAUGUUGCUGAAGGAUGUCAUAGACCAAUGCCUUAAACCUCAAAGGAGGAAUAAGGUGGCUGAGCAAGUGGUUGCUACCACAAAGCUAGCAUUUACAUGUUUGCAUUCCAAUCCUCAAUUUUGCCCCACUAUGCAGCAGGUUUAUCAGGCUCUUACAAGUGGUCGACCAUCUCCAUUGCCAAAUCCAUAUUCAAUGAUAAGUUUGGGAGAUUUGAUUGGAGAUGGACAUGGGAUGCAGGGCUGAGUUGCUUGGAUAUUUAUCAUAGUUCUAGGCUGCAAGGUCCAAUAAAGAACUUGAAGAAAUAUGGAUGUAUUAUCCGGUUCUCUGUUUAUGUUCAACCUGAAGAUGAAUGGGACCAUUUUUUUUUUAUAAAUUAGGAAUGUAGUUGAGUUGCAUGUUGUGUGGACUAUUGCUAUCAUUCAUUCGUUGUAACUUCUUAGGUGUUUCUUUUUAAAAUCAAUAAUUUGUUGGUGAUUGUGCGUUGUUACUGUCAACAUUAGACGGUUUAUGUAUUCAUUUACCAUAAGUUAUAUCAGUUGAUGUAAAUUUAUUUUCACUAAAUUUUAUGGCUUCAG